GGAUAACCGGAAGCGGUCAUAGAGAAGCGCUGACUGGGCACUGCAGCUGCAGCACUCAGACACUGGAGCGGCUACUGGGUGCCAGUUGUAGGAAAUAAAUCAUGGCUUCACGUGCAGGUCCGCGAGCAUCAGGAACAGAUGGAAGUGACUAUCAACAUCGAGAAAAAGUGGCCAGCCAUUACCAGAUGAGUGUGUCUUUAAAAUCGGAGAUAAAAAAACUAAUCUAUGCACACGUUGGGAUCUGGUUGCUAAUUGCUGCUCAGAUGUGCGUAGCCCACUUUAAACUGGUGUCUCACGAUUUGGUAGCUAUGCCUUACCAAUGGGAAUAUCCGUAUCUCCUGAGCAUCAUCCCCUCCCUCCUUGGCUUGUUCUCCUUCCCUCGCAACAACAUAAGUUACCUGGUACUCUCCAUGAUCAGCGCUGGACUGUUCUCUAUUGCUCCUCUUAUCUAUGGAAGUAUGGAGAUGUUCCCUAUGGCGCAGCAGCUUUACCGCCAUGGCAAGGCUUACCGUUUUAUCUUCGGCUUCUCUGCAGUGGCCGUCAUGUACUUGGUAAUGGUGGUGGCCGUCCAAGUUCACGGCUGGCAGAUUUACUAUAGCAAGAAACUCUUGGACUCUUGGUUCACAAGCACCCAGGAGAAAAAGAAAAAGUAACCACAUGGCGAGCGUGAACCUCUGGACAGGAUAGGGAGAGACAUUCGUCUUCAGUUGUGCAUGAAGAAUCCUGUGUAUUUAUAGAUACAAUGUGAUAAUAGGGGAAAUAUAAAAUCUUUGUUAUUCAGCUUUAUUUAAUGAUGAUUUUUUUUUUUUAUCAGCCGCUCACAUGAUCAUCGUUUCCAAGUUUUUGUUUUUUUAAAUUGAAUUAAGGGGUAUUAGAAAGUGUAUUUGUUCUUCCACUUUUUAUAUUAAAGGGACAUAUAUAUGAAUGCGAACACCAAUAUAUUCUCUGGCUUUAGUUUAAAGGGACAUUAAACACUUUGAGAUAGUAAUAUAAAAUUAUAAAUUGUAUAAAUAUUUAAAAGUCUGCAAUAUACUUUCAUUAUUUUAUUUUUUUUCCCCUUUUCCUGCAAUUGCAUUCUAAAAUUGUGAGCUUUUCAGUUCCUGUUAGGAAUGGAAGUGCAGGACACUGUUAUAUUCCUCACAGCCAUUGGCUGCACUUUCUAGUGACCUAUUUAUAACUGUUCCUAAUUGGCCGCAGCAGAGAAGUUUAACAACAUGGCAGCUCCCGUGGUUUAAUAGACAUUAAACAUUGACAAAAUAAGUGUAAAGUUUUAAACAGCUAAUGAAACUUUAAAAAAUACAUCUACUACUUGUUCUCAGACUAAUCUUUUCUUUGAAUGCAUCAUUCUUUGUAGCAUUUAUUUAGUGCUUAAUGUCCCUUUUAAUAUUACAAUAUCUCUUUGUGUAUUUUAUAGGAUCAGGGAUAAAACUUAAAGGGACAGUCUACACCAGAAUUUUUAUUAUUUUAAAAUAUAGAUAAUCCUGUUAUUACCCAUUCCCCAGCUUUGCAUAACCAAUACAGUUAUAUAAAUACACUUUUUACCUAUGUGAUUACCUUGUAUCUAAGCCUCUGCAAUCUGCCCCCUUAUUUCAGUGUUUUUGACAGACUUGCAUUUUAGCCAAUCAGUGCUGGCUCCUAGGAACUCCACGUGCAUGAGCUCAAUAUUAUCUAUAUAACACACAUGAACUAACACCCUCUAUUGGUGAAAAACUGUCAAAAUGCACUAAGAGAAGAGGCGGCCUUCAAGGGCUUAGACAUUAGCAUAUGAACCUCCCUAGGUUUAGCUUUCAACUAAGAAUACCAAGAGAACAAAGCAAAAUUGCUGAUAAAAGUAAAUUGUAAAACUGUUUAAAAUGACAUGCCCUAUCUGAAUCAUGAAAGUUUUAUUUUGGACUAGACUGUCCCUUUAAUUAUUAACUGCUUCUUUUUCAUCUUGUUGUAAUGACCCAUGCAGCUUUUUUUUUACAUCAGACUUUUAUACAAUAGAGGCAAUAGGUUAUGAGUUUUUUUUAUUUUCCGGUCUGCAAAGCAUCUUCAAGCCUAUCGUAUAAGAAGAAAUCUGCUUGUGUGACACAUCCCAAGAAAAUCAAACUAGAGAUGAAAUCUGUAUUAAAAAUAAAGGGUACAAUUGUAAAUGUGACCAGCUUGUUAAUUUGCAGCAAUAAAAAAGCAGGAAUAUUGUAUUUAAAGGGAUAUGAAACCCAAAAAUGUUCUUUUGUGAUUCAGACAGAAUAUACAUUUUAAAAAAAGUUUCCAAUUUAUUUCUAUUAUCAAAUUUGUUUCGUUCCCCUGAUAUUCUGUUUUGUAAAGAUACCUAAGAUAGGCGUCUGGUGCACUACAUGACAGGAAAUAGUGCAAAAGGAUAACAUUCUUACAAAGCUGCUGCUAUAUAGUGCUCCAGAACCUACGCCUAGGUCCCUGCUUUUCAACAAAAGAUACCAAGAGAAUGAAGAAAUUGACAAUAGAGGUUAAUUAGAACGUUGUUUAAAAUAGCUGCUCUGUUUGAAUUAUGAAAGAACAAUUUCCCUUUAAUGCUGUUGUUAUCUUGCUAUACAAGAUCA